AUGAGCAAGGAUCUCAAAUUAAUAUUUUUUUGUAAUUUAGAAAUAAAUAAAUUAAAAAUUUCUUAAAAAAUGGUAUCAUUUUGUAAAUUAGACAGCCGUCGGCGAUUCGGCGGAUUUUUUUUGACAUGGCUUUUUGGCUUCAUUUCAUUAUUUUGACAUUUCGAUGUCAACCGCUACGUAUUUCUUUGAGAAAAGUCAAAUUUUCAUAGUUUUCUUCACCCCUACGCUUUUACCACUCGAUUUAUAUCCUAGGGGUAUCACAGAGAAACGUACGCGAGUGUGAUUCGAAGAUGAACUCCAGAAAUUCCGCGAGAACCAUGUGACACGAAUACGAAAAAGGGCUUCCAGACCGUCAAUGUGACAGAAAUGUUUUCUGCCAUCGCGACGAACCAGCGCUGCUGCGGAGCCAACCCUGCGACGACGCGAGAUACACGAACCGGGCAAUAGGGCAAUCGCGUCAAAGAUGAGCGCGAGAUGGCCAGUCAACCACCGAACCCUAGUGAAGGCGCGGCGGGUGGGUCCGAGUUCCCGGAGGAGGCGGGCGGGCAACGCGCGGCCGCCCCGCAGAAGAGGUUCAUAGCGCCGCCCGCGUCGCAGCUGCCCACGAAGCUGGAGUUCGUGGCGCGCGGCGGCUCUGGGCGCAGCGUCAAGCACACGUUCCGCACCGUGAAGUUCGCGCGGCGCGUGCCCACCCUGCCGCCCAAGCGGCCCGAGCCGGGCGACGCGGCGCCGGGGCCCAGCGCGCCGGGGCCCAGCGCGCCCGCCGAGCGCCGCCCGCGCCGCGAGCGCGGCAAGCGCCACGUCUGCGCCACCUGCGACAAGCGCUUCUCCAGCCCCGGCAAGCUCAACCAGCACGUGCUGUCGCACACGGGCGAGCUGCCCUUCGCCUGCGACCUGUGCGACAAGGGCUUCAACUCCAAGUUCAAGCUGGUGCGCCACAGCCUCAUACACAGCAAGGCGCGUGCCUUUGCUUGUACCGUCUGCGGUAAGACUUUUAAUCGUAAAGAUCAUCUCACUAAUCACGUAAGGGUGCACAAUCCUGUCAAAAAACUCUAUACGUGCGAGCGGCCUGACUGUAGGAAAUCUUACACCUCCCUCUUGAGCUAUCGCAAACAUGCAGCUUUACAUUCAGCGGAGGAAGGAAACUUACAGUGUAAGAUUUGUAAUGAGGUGUUUUCCACAAAACAGGAUAUUGUAAAUCACCUCAAAGUACAUACAGGUAGUCGCACACCUAAAAGUGAGACUGAUAAGAAAUUUACCUGUGAUCAUUGUGACCGAAAAUUUUUCACAGCUAAGGAUGUACGACGGCACUUGGUUGUUCACACUGGUAGGCGAGAUUUCCUAUGUCCGUACUGUCCCCAAAAAUUUGGACGAAAAGAUCAUUUAGUCAGACAUGUUAAAAAUGCCCAUCCAGAUGAAUCUUUAAAAUCGGCAGUAGUGGGCACUUCGAGAGAUCCACUGCCGGAAGCAUCUUCAUUUGAAGAAACUUACUCUGAAUUUUCUUUAGAAAGUGCAGAUUUUGAUCUUUGGAAAAGUCCAAAACGAGAACUUCAAGACGUUCAGGAAGACGUGCCUGAUUCUGAUAUAAUAGUCGAAAUACCAGAUAUAAAACUGGAGCCCAUAGAAAUUAAAAUAGAAGCUCCACCUUCACCUACCUGUGAAAUCAUCGAGUACCCAGUUGUAUAUAUGGUUUCUCCCCCAUAUCCACCGACGCCAUCCGACUUGCCUUACAUUACAACACAGCCCAUAUCAAAUCCACUAAAUGUGCAUUUGCUGAAUCCGGGCAAUGUGCAGUCUAUCCUAAUAGAUCCAGGGGAAGGCCCGUCGGGGCUGUCGAGUCAGAUGCUGGGGCUGUUAGAGGAGAGCGAGCCCACGUUCUCGGGCGAGGAGGCGCGCGUGCAGCAGCGGUUGCCGGCUUUCACACAGGCCUUCCAGACGGCGCAGAGUCCAAAGCCGCCUCCUCAGCCACCGCCGCCGCACUAGUGUGUCGCCGCCUCUUGCAUUUACCUUACGUCGAUACCGAGCUACCUCAUUAUGUAAGGUUGGUCUAAGCUGUAAAAUAUAGUUUGGUAUAGUGCAGUAGCAAUGUUAUAAUGUAAUGGCAUUUGUAGGAUAGAAUGUGCUGGAGAUCGAAGUUGCCAAAUUGUAUGUUUGUCUCAGGUAUACCAAAAUGUUUCCGAAUUCUACAUGAAUAUGUUAUCUAGUCGUGUAUGUACUUUCGGAAUUGUAAAUUGUUUAUUUAUAGCCUUUUUAUAUGACGUUUAUAGAGUGUAAAUGGGACCAACUCUGUAAGCUGUAAGAUGGUAACAUUAGCGUGCGUAGUUCACAAUGCAUUAGUUGCAUUUUAAUAAAUGAGCAAGAUUGGUAUUGAGGUUUAUGGCUCUUGGAAGCAGUAGGCUGUAUAAUAUGUUUUAGAGAGGCUUACUGUUUUCCCACGCGAUGCUAGUACAACAAAGAGCAUAUUCCUUUUGGAAAAGGUGAAUAAUUAUGUAGAUGGUCAAGAUCAGAUCAGCUGUAAAUUAUUGAACAAUUUUAUCAUAAAUAAUCUGAGACUAAGCUAUCCUGGGUUCCAAAUCUAUUUAAAAGAUUGAUUUUGGAAAUCAUUAAAUAAACAUUUCAUAUAAUAUACCUCAGAAGCACAAGGAGCAGUGCUUCCUUAGAAUUAAGACAACCUUUAGAGCUGAAUUAAGAGUGCAGAGUUGCAAAUUUAGGGUCAAGAAAAUAAUGUGCCAAACUUACUUGAUUCUGGACUAUCUACUGAAAAAAUCCAAUUGAACCUUAAGCAAUAAUUCUUUUGCUCAAACGAACAAAAGAAACUGAUAUUGAUGUUGGCAAUUUAAAUUUUAACUACAUAAACUGGUAUUAUACGAAAAAAAAGAGAAACUAAGAAUAGUCUCAGCAUAUUUUUAGGAGUAUGAGCCAAAUUAUGUAAUUUGUAGUAAGUUUCACUUUGAGACUAGGUGAGUGUGUCAAGAAGUCUGUAAAAAAUGUAGUAGGAAUUCAAACGACUUUGGUGUGAUUGAAUUGAAAGAAAGAUUUACAGCUAUAUUAGAUGCCUUACAUUGUUGAAAUACAUUUCAUAUAUUUGACAAUAGUGCAUUCUUAUCGGCGAUCUGUUUUGUAUUCUAUUUAUGCCUAAGAAUGCUUGACUUAAACAGCUGCAAAAACUACAUUCCAAACUGUAGUUUCUUUAUUAUCAUAAGUUACGAAAAGCACCUCAAAAUUGAGUUUUUUUUGCUUGGCCACUUUUUACUGCCUUGAUUAUCAUUUCUCGCCUUUUAAUAUUAUUUGGUGUGGUUGCGUGAUGUACCUACUAAUUACGUAGAUUUUUUCCUGAAUUUUCGUAAGGGUUCAUCAUCAUCAUCAUCAUCAUUAUCAUAUCAGCCGAUGGACGUCCACUGCAGGACAUAGGCCUUUUGUAGGGACUUCCAAAUAUCACGAUACUGAGCCGCCAGCAUCCAGCGAAUCUCUGCGACUCGCUUGAUGUCGUCAGUCCACCUGGUUGGUGGUUUGGGACCCCAACGUCCAUCGGCUCUUUGAAGUAUGUGCCCCGCCCAUUGCCACUUCAGCUUCGCAACUGGGUAUGGGUUAAAAUUACUGAAUUUGGCCUAAAUAUUUUCCUUUUAUAGUAUUUACCUACAUUAAAUUCUUUUUUACAGUUUAACUUGUUUUCGCUAAGCAGCAAUAGAUUAAUAUCAUUAUUAUAAAGAAAUUAGGAAUCUGCGAUUCAGUAAAAAGAAUAAUCAUAAAUAAUGACCGAAAGGAUAUGUACUCAUACCUAUAACCUAAAUGUUAUUGUUUAAAAAUGUUUUUUAAACAAUUAUCGUUAUCAAUGUUGGGCGUCUAGUAAUAGCGAAAAUUUAUAUGUCUAGAGGAAAGAUCCCGUGUUGUACAAGCUUCAUAUUAUAGAAUAUGUAAAUAAUUCUAAUCUUUUAGGUUAAUAGGACUGUAAAAAAUUUAAUCUACCUCAAUUGCAAACUUAUUCUUACGUCUAGAAAUUUAAAUAGUAUGUUAGGUUAGUGAGAAAGAAAACGUGUUUUUUUUUUUUCUAUUUGAGAACUACAAACAAUCAAGGGCUGGUUUAUGUUUUAACAUUAUCGUUGCGUUUAUGAUUAACACUAUCAGUUCAUUAGUGGACGUCUGGGCAACUAGAAGGAACAGAGAUCGCAGAGACAUAGAAUUUGAACAUAAAUGUUUACGAAAUCCGUACGUACUUAUCGAUACUCAUCAGCAAUGGACAUUUUCCAGAAAUUACAUUUUCUAUUUACGCUAACCCUUUUUAAUUUUUUUUUACGGUUUAAUUUCCGAUAUAAAAGUAUAUUCUAUAGUUUAGGUACAACUGGUAGCAAUUAUUGCAUUAUCAUCAUUAUUGUAGGACGUCUUUAGACUCUUAGUUGAUAGUAGGUACCUAUUGAGUAUGUUCAUACAUGGUAAACUACACAAACACUGAUGAGAGUUUUGUUAAUUUUUUUCUAAAUAUUUUAAUAAAUAAUGUAAUUUUCAUAAAUGUCGAAAAAGCGUAGCGAUAUGAUGUCGUAUAGAAACCGAAAAGGGGUGUGGAUUUUCAUCCUCCUCCUAGCAAGUUAGCCCGGUUCCAUCUUAGACUGCAUCAUCACUUACCAGCAGGUGAGAUUGUAGUCAAGGGCUAACUUUGUAAAUAAUUAAAAAAAAUCAAAUGACUAAAAUUAAAAAAAAAUGCUAGUUAUGAGAUUUAUUUGGUACGUUGCGUUGCCAUGCUAUGUCUACGUAUACGCUGCGUACAGGCGAAUUCUUUUUGCAUUUAUUUGGAUAUUUACCGAUGUUUACUUAGAUCAAUCUAUGUUAUUAAUCUGUGUUCUAUUUUUCAAUUCUUUUGGUCUCUCUUCUGUUUCUUUUAAAUUGUACAGACGAUUUAAUGUUAGAGUGUGAGAAUCGGGGUAUUUUUUUUUAAUAAAUCAUGCUGCUUUUUUUUAAACAAUUACUUGUUUUUCUGAGAUGAUCAGCAAGCUAUUUUUUAUUAAAAGAAUCGUAUAUAUGUAACUUUAAUUAAUUUGCUAAAACAAAAAAAAAAACAUGUGAACAUAAAAAUAUUUUCAUUCCAUUGCUAAUUUGUAUAUUGCAUAAUUUUUUAUAAAAAUUAAUUGUCUGUGUUCAUUUUCAUGUUAAAAAUGUAGUUUUUUUUUAUUGUAGAUAUAUCUCGGAGGACAGAACAAAAUGUUUCGUGAAAAUCUUUCAUAGUUUUGUACUGUUUUCAUGUAAACUAAUACAUUUGUAUUUAAAUGUAAAUAAAUUCAUAUAUCAAUUAUUAUUAGAACUGGCGUCCUGUUGAACUUUGUGGAUGAAAUAAUUAUGGCCUAAUGAAUAACAAAUUAAUUCCAUGUGAAAAAACGACAAACCAGUGUGGUAAUACCAUCCUGAUUCGACAUAAUGCCCCCAACAUACUUACCUUUACGCCUAAACAUGUACUGCUAAUGAUAUUCAGAAAUUUUAGAAAUCAACAAAAAUAAAUUUGUUAUUCAUUGAUCAUUAUGAUCAGUGAUGAAUCUCUGUAAAGUAUCACCUAUGUACUGAAUUAUCAGUAAAUGGCCCAAUGAGAAUAAAGUUAAUCAAUUGUAAACUGUCGUUCUUAAAGCGCCUACACACGGCCCUAAAAUCAGUGGCGAUAUCGUGGCAGUGGUGGGGAGGACCCUAGAUUGUACCAUAAAUUGCCUCAAGUGUAGACGAAUCUUACCCGAUUUUAUUAUUAUUAUCCUAAACCUAAAAUUGCUUCAGGCGAGCACACAAUUUAGGGACGAUUAUCGUCUAUAGUGUUGCAUGCGCUAUUUUAUUUAUUUAUGUGGCUUAGUUCAUGACUUUUUAUCAACCAGUUUUUAACCCAAAUCUUCCUUUUUCGUCUCCGGUUAGGUGGCACCGUAAGUGUCAAGAUAUUAUCUAUUUUUUGCCGUUUUAAGAGUGUCGGCGGCAUCUCGGAUUAACGAACAAUCUGUGGCACGGUCGGUUACGUACUGACUGGCAGGGACGUGUGUAAAAUAGCAGCCAAUUUCGUCCUUACCACCACCGUCCCGAUAUCGCCACUGAUUUUAGGGCCGUGUGUAGGCCCUUUAACUUGUAUUUAACCUUUUGUUUUUUUUUUACAAUUAUUAUGAAUAGUUCAACAGGUGCUUAAGAUUUUUUCCAUAACAGUCUAAACUCUAACCGCUAGUCAAUCAAUAGUACAUUAUAGUUUAUCUCAAAUAGUCAAAGAAUAAUAAGAAGUGAUAUUUACAAAUCAGUAACAUUUUUUAUUAUAUAUUCUAUGUAAUAUUUUUAUAUAAACAAUAGGUGCAUAAUCCAAACAGAGUACAAAUACUAACCACUACACAGGGGGUAUUAAUAAAUAGUAAUUUCAUAUUUUUAACACUUACAUAUAUUAGAUGGGCAGUUAGUGUCAUUAAAAAUCUUAAUAAUAUCUUGGUUAUAGGUAACAAAAACAUUUGUGGUCCGUAAUGUAAGGCCAAAAAGAACUCUUUAUGGGUCAAAAAUUUUAGUUUCAUCAUUUAUGACAUUAACUCCCCAUCUAUUAUAUAACAAUGAUAUAUGCAAUAUAUUUUUGUAUGUCUUAGAUUAUAAAUUAUAUAUUAAUGUUAACAUAUCAAAGACUUGUAUAACCCUUUGUUGUUCGCUGUUGACUUUGUUCUUCAAUAUGUAAUAUUAAAGUACAUAAUAUUUGGCAUUUAUUUAUUGAGCAGCAGACGAAAAAAAAUUGUAUCUAUUUUGUUUUUUUUUUUUUUGUAACACAAAGUGUUCACUUUACUGUUUAAAAUAUUUUUAUGCGUAAUUAUUGUUAUUACUUUUAAUUUUCCCAUAUUUUUAUCAGCUAAUGAGUGUGACUCGUUGUAAUUAUACAUUUUUUUUUGUAUUAAAAAAUAUGUUGUGUAAUACCAAAUAAUUACAUAAUUCUAUUUUGUGUUUACACUUGUAAGAGUUCGAAUAUUUUUUAUUUAUGUAAUUUAAAAUGUAAGUUUGGUUAACUGCAACGAAAAUCCUAUGAGUAAGAAUUUAUUUUUAGAUGAACCUUGGCAAAAAUAUGACGAUUAAAUUAAUAAUAAUCAAACUUGCCUGUUGUUAGUUUUGCGUAAUACAAGUCAAGACAAGAAUUUGAACUUAUUUUUUAUUUUUUUAAUAAUUUACAGUUUUGCACUUAUAAUUUAAAUGCAAUAUUCAAAAAAAAUAGACUACAGCGCACUUCAUAAAAUUUUUUCCUACUUUACUUUCGUGGUACCUUCUAUACUACAAUUAUUAUCAGAUCAGAUGGUGGUACCUGAAAAAAGAUACAUUAAUGUAAAAUAUUUUUAAAGAGCAAAGUUGCUAGAAAAAGGUACUUAUAAAAAUAAAUUGAUACUAAAAUGAAUAUAAUGUCCGUCAGAAGGGUGACCCGACAGUGUCUGAAAUUUAAAUAAAUUCUCGUAAAUUUUUGUAUCUUUUGUACAAAAAAUGUUUAAAAAAUCGUGGUAUUUUUGUUAAAACUUGCACAUUUUAUAUGCCCUUGCACACGUGCGAAUGAGUUUGACUCUGCGACAACGAUGUUUGGGAUAGGGAUAUAUAAAUGUUCGUAAAUUGCCGACGAAAUGAGACGAUAUUUCAGGAAAACCUCAAGUAGAUACCUACAGUGCAAAUUGUGUUGUAUUGGGUACCUAUCAAUUUAAUUUCCAUUUUACAUAUUUCUGCUGUCUUUUAGACUCGUAGCACAAGUAACGUGGAUUCAUAGAUAUACGUAAUUAUGUAUAAACUUAGGGGCCUUAAAAAAUCUAGUUGUUUGAAUUAUAACAAAAAAAAAGAAAGAAAAUAUUUUUAGAAAUCGUACGAUAUUUUAAUACAAAGAAUCUAUUUUGUUACGCUUUUAUGGUAAGGCAUUUUUAUUGAAUGUUAAAUGCAUAUAAAAAUAUAUAAUUCAUUACAAUGUUACAGUUAUAAAUAGAUUGGUUGCUGCAUUUCAAAAACUUAGAAAUAAUAUGAAAACAAUUAUUUUUUCAUAAGAGGCAUGGAUUGCUAGUUACGAUAGUGUACUAUCUAAGAGUACCUAUCUAAGUAUAGAUCUCGCUAAAAAAUAGGGAUUCCUGAAAAUGAGACUGCGCAGUAUACAAAAACAUAUCACAACAGGCUUAUACCUGUGCAGUUCGAUCUUAAUGUAAUUUCAGAGACUUCUAUUUGUUUGGCGAGAACUAUGGGAAUGUUAGACAAUUGCUGAAGUAUGGAAGGUUGUUAUUGCCACGAUUUAAAAUUUAAGGUUGUUAUUCUUAUUGCCCAUAAGUACUAUACACGUAAACUGUCAUGUUUUGGCUACAAAUGAUAUACAAACAUAUAGUAAAACAGUUGAUGAAAGUUUGUUUUGGAUGUAGUAGUAAGAUGUAGGUAUAAUCGGAUGCAAUCUUAAGGACGUCUAGGAAAUUAGCUGCGGGGUCGCUACUCGCAGGUUGUACAUACGCUAAUAUGUAAGACUAGCGGACGCCCGCCCUUGGACCUCUUUAAUCCAGCCCUUACAGUAGUAUCGCUGUAAAAAUGGAGUAACUUCUCCCGUUUUCCCAACAUUUCCCUUCACUGCUCUGCUUCUAUUGAUCGUAACGUGAUGAAAAGUAUACUAUAACCUGCCCA